AUGAAACUGCGAAGGUGCACCGCUUCAGAAUUUACCCUCAACUGGGAACCUCUUGUGGCCAGGAUGGGUAAUUCGAUGGAAGUGUCACAAGGUUCUUUGUAGGAUCGACUCCAAGAGGUGUUCUCAGGACUGACACACAUUGUGUCCUUGGGAAAAUAUCCAAGUCAGGAGAAAAAGUGUGCACCUAAGGAGAUUCGAACCAGUAUCCAGCUGACGCCACAUGCGAAGGUGUACCGAUUCAGGUAAGGGUC